ACACUGAUCGAGGGUAAUGUGGAUGUCAAAACUACAGAUGGGUAUCUCUUGAGAUUGUUCUGUAUUGGUUUUACCAAGAGAAGAGUAAAUCAAAUAAAGAAAACCUCGUAUGCCAAACAUUCUCAAAUCAAAUCAAUCAGAAAGAGAAUGGUUCAAAUUAUGACCCAAGAAGUUGGAACCAAUGACUUGAAGGAAGUGGUUAACAAGCUGUAAGUACAGUGGAAAUAUGAUUUGUACAAUCUCAAUAAGAGACAGUCGACAAAUAGAUUUUGUCCCGCUUUGCUGACUUGUUCCACAAAGGUUUGUAGCUCAGAAUCUAUGAUUACAAAAUAAUCAGAUGAAAACAGAUGUAACAUUUUAAUACAAAGAUUCACUAUAUCACUUACAAACAAUCUGUGCAAAAAAUAUUGUGCCUUGAAAUGCUUUGAUGCAACACAACUGAAUAACAAGGCUAGUGUUAACUGCUGAAUUAGUGAUUGUGGCUGAAUAUUGUCGCUCCACGCUGUUCAUGUUCAAAACAAAAUUUGGGAGUACAUAUAUGUUUGCAUUUCUGAAUAUAUUUACUCAGGUAUGUGUUCCAUAUUGUUUUUAACUGCUGAACAAUGGAGAAUAUUUAUUCGCAUUGUUUUGUAUUAGAACAAUAUUUCAACAUGGCUGAAUAGGCAAAUUUAGUUUUUUUGAAACAAGACAUUUGACUGGUCAGCAAUGGGGGAGGGGGUUAGACCAUCGUGAAAUCUAUUUGUCGACUGUCCUUAGAUGGGCCUGGACAUCAUAAGCCAGAAAUGCAGGAAAUAGGCUGGUAUUUGUAACCAUCUAUCUCUUACCUUUAGAAUACCAGAUAGCAUUGGACGUGAUAUUGAGAAGGCUUGCCAGUCAAUUUAUCCACUUCACGAUGUUUUUAUACGCAAAGUAAAAGUCUUGAAGAAACCAAAGUUUGAUGGUAACUCUCGUGAUUAUACGUUUCUCCCGCUCUGUGAACAACUCUAUGAAUAGUUUUUCAUCAGUAUUAGUCUACUUUAUGACUCUCAGUAUUCUAUUAAGCUGUUUAUCACACAAGAUUAUUUUGGCAUCCAGUGGAACUAACGUUCCCAUAUUUUUUAGAACAUCUUUCAUCCAAUACAGCCUACAAGAAACUGAACAUGUGGAUAAAUAUUCCCAAACAUUUUAAUGCGGAUUGAUGCUAUUCGUUCAAUCUUUGUCAGAAUUCUUCCAAAUCCAAAUUUUGUACCAUAGUUUAUAAGAUGUUGUUUCUUUCAUUGUUUAGUUGGGAAGUUGAUGGAAAUGCAUGGUGAAAGUGGAAGUACGACAGUGACCACUGAUGAAACUGGGGCUAAAAUUGAACGUGAUUCAUUUGAACCUCCUGUGUUAGAAUCU